AUGAGACCUCUAUCUGCCUGCAAGGCCUGUCGGGACCGCCAGAAGAAGUGCAUUCGGCCGCGCCGUGGGACGACUUGCGUCUUCUGCACAAAGCGUGGUCUCCAAUGUGAUGUUGUGCCAGACCAAAAGCCCGCUUUGCCACAAGGCUAUGCUCCUCUAGCUGACCCGAAAGGAGUGGCGCUCCACGCUUCGUCUGCGGCAAUCCCUGACCGCGCCUUGUCGAGGGAGCUCAUUGAUCUCUUUUUCGUUCAUGUCCACUUUGCCUUUCCAACCAUGUUCCACAUGCCCUCCUUCAAAGCGGCUUUUCAUAGUGGCACCAUUCCCAGAGUCUUGUUCUUUGCCGUCAUCGGCCUGUCGGCUCGGUUCUCCGGUCAUCAGAGCCUCAGCCAUAUCAACCCCUGGGACAGGGGCCGCCCGUACGCUCAAGAAGCGGAAAAGUUGCUCGACUUGCAUGACACUUCGAUAGUAACUAUACAGGCCUGCAUGCUCCUUGCUGCAAACUUUAUUGCGGAUGGUGAGGCUAUGACAGAAUGUGUUUACCUCACCAUUGCCUCCCGCAUGGCCAUGUUGCUGGACCUUCCCAACAUCAAAGUCAAGACUCGCGUCGAGCAAGAGAUCAACCGUCGAGUGUGGUGGUCACUAGUUACGACUGACACUUGGAAUAGCUCAUCUGUCUCUCUCCCCCGUGCUAUUCAGAUCCGCCAUGACGUUCCUUUGCCAAUAAGCGAGCAAGACUUUAGAAAUCUUGACUUGAACGAGCCAGCUGAGCAUGUCGCAUCACCAGCCACGCCUUCUUCUCCAAACUCAUGGCCGUCCCACUCGCUGCUCGCAAGAUUCAUCAGUCUCAAUACCCUUCUCUACGAAGUGAAUCAGCUGAAUGCUAGAAUCGCUACCGAGAAACUAUCUAGAGCCCAGACUCAUGAGGCCAUUGGGGAACUAGCCGCAAACUUGGAUACAUGGCUGACUGGUUUGCCUCCUCAGUUGAGAUACACGGAAGAAAACAUGGCUUUCUGGGGCAGCCAAGGGUCUGGGCCUACAUUUGUCAAUAUGCACAUGAACUACCAUCAUAUCGGACAGCUUCUCUUCUAUUCUUCCCUGGGAGCGAGUCUAGAGGUUGCAGAUGACAGUCCUGCUUACGAGCAGACUAUCAACUUCGCGACAAAGUGCAAACAACACGCGGCUGACCUCUGCGAUCUCAUCUGGAAGGCCAAGCAGCGGCCCGAGACAGACAUUAUGCAUUCGCUCGUCGGCCAUGACCUCGUCACGUCCUCAACAGUACAGAUCCACACACUGCUCUUUAGCCUUGGCGACGAAGAGAUUGCAACGGCCAAGUCUAGACUCGAGAGGAACUUUGAGAUGAUUACUGAUUUACACAAGUACUGGCCCAUCGUCUCAGUGACGAUCAGCAAGCUAGAAAAGUUUCACAAUGCUUGCCUUCGGUACAAGGACGCUACCUUUCACCUUGACCGGUGGAUGUUGCAGUUUAUUCUGGAGUUUUCGCAACCCAUUCAGGAGAGGAGCGAGGAUGCUAUCCAUGGCGGAGAUAAUGUAGCGGUCUUUAACCAACUAAGAAACCUCAUUGAUGUUUAG